AUGUAUUCCACAGAGUCUAUUGUUCAAGAUGCCUUAGAUGAGCUCCACUCCAUCAGCCAAAAAUUAUCUGAUUUAUUCCCAGAUUGGGAACUUAAUCGUCUGCGGCAGUUCUUGGAAUGGGGGAGAUGGUUUUAUUUGUGGGGAAGAAAGUGGGGCGAUGAACAAGAUGUGCGCUGGGAAACUGCGGUGUGUACAGUGGAGGACACUCUUCACAGACAUUCCCUGGAAAUUCUGUUUCUUUGUCUCACGUUCAAGGAGAAAUUGCUGAGGGUUGAUGAUUCUGAUGAGAGAUGGGAUGAUGAUUCGGAGGGAUGGGAUGUUGUGCUUAAACAUUUUCUUUGGAGAAUUAUUGGAUCGGUGCGACCAGGAAUUGAGGAAUUGGUCCGAAUGUUGGCGACAGAUCUCACAUUGCAAACAAGAUCUUCUUCUCGAACAGAUGUGAAGCAACUGCUGGACAGCGUCGAUUUCAUUCUUCACAGUUUGCAGAAUCUUGAAUCUCAGAUUCCCUACACAAAUGAAACAAUAACGUUCAUGAAGAACUUCAUUCGCUUUGCUACGCUUCACGGACUUGAGGAUAGGCAGAUCAUCGGAGAUCUCUUGACUCACUUUGAACGGGUAGUUAUUCAAUCUGCAGUCCUACUUUUUGAAGGUUAUCUCUCAGCACAUUCUCGUAGUGAAAUUCUGAGAAACAUUCAGCCAGUUGAGUCGCGUGUUUGUGAGAUUUAUGUUGGUGUCUUGCAAGAUGUUUCAAAGUUUUCAGGGUCCUCCUUCCAUCCCACUAAAGAAACUCAUGCUUUGGUGUUUAGAGACUUUGUGGAUUCUCUCAUUUUUCUGAUUUUGAACCUUUUCUUCCGUGAUUGCAUUUUUGUGGACAUGUUUCACCACGAAAUGCAUAAAGUGCAUGAGGGACUCUCAUUCUUGAGAACCACUCUAUCAGAGCACCAUGACAAGCUUGAUGACCUCAUUAGACCUUUGAUUUGUGAGGCAGGCAUCCUAAUUUUUCAUCUCUAUCAAGAAAAUGGAGAACAAAGAGGAAGGUUGAUUGCAAAAUUAGAGCUCCUUUUUUCCAAUUUCGAGACAAAACUCCAAAUUCUCAAGGCUGCAGAAGAAGAUGCGCCAAGGUUUCCACCAACAUCAGCAUAUCCCCAAACAAACUUGUUGGGUUUUAUUGACUCUGUCUUGGAAAAAAUAAAGUCAUUCGUGAUUCAAGUUUCUUCAGAAAAGGAUAAGUUCAGAGCCCUCCACGAUGAUCUUACAGUUUUAAGAUCUUUUGUAGUCCAUGAUAAUGGGAUGACGAUCCAAGAUCUCUCGAGUCGCAUUGCAGCGGUAGCUUAUGACACGGAGUUUGUACUUGAUUCUUUGGUUGUUGCUGGUAAACCACUUCAGACAAGCCUUAUCGUGCAGCUUGAUGUUAUCAUAACAGAGAUUGAGCUUAUUAAGACUCAGGUCUCGGAGAUUCCUUGGAGUAUGGAGCCAACCAUUGCAGUUCAAAAGAUUAGUCAAGCUAACCUUAAGAUGGCACCAGCAGUUAGUAAGAUCCCAGAUUCCAAUGACAGAGUGGUGGGCUUGGAUGACGAGGCAAAAAUCAUCAUCGAUAGACUCACUAGAGGGACAAAAAAGUUAGAUAUGGUUUCGAUUGUGGGCAUGGCCGGAUUAGGUAAAACUAGUUUGGCCAAGAAAGUUUAUCAUCAUUCCCACAUCUCUCAUCACUUCCAGGUUCGCUCUUGGGUCACCGUGUCUCAAGAAUACAACACAAAAAGUUUGUUGAUUGGGAUUUUAAGCGGUCUGGACCAAGAUUCAACUGAAGAGUAUAUAAAUAUGAGGGAAGAUGAUUUGGCUGAAAGACUCCGUAAACGGUUGAAGGGAAUCAGGUAUCUUAUCAUCUUGGAUGAUAUUUGGGAUACUCAAGUAUGGAAUAGUUUGACAAUGUCAUUCCCAGACGAUGAUAAGGGUAGCAGAAUUCUCCUAACCAGUCGACAGGAGACUAUUGGUUUGGAAAUCAAUCCACACUCUGAACCUCACCGUGUUCGUGCACUAAAUGAUGAUGAGAGUUGGGAAUUAUUUCAGAAGAAGAUGUGCUUUGACCAAAUUUGUCCAUCGGAAGAAGUAAUUGCUCGUGCCAAGACAAUAGCAAAAUCCUGCAAGGGAUUGCCGCUGAUGAUUUUAAUUGUUGCAGGAUUUCUCGCUAAUACAGAGCCAAGCAAGUGGGAAGAAGUUGAAGAAAUGCUAAAAACAGCGAGAAGCAAAGAAGAACACUUUAUGCAUCGGCUACGUGGUCAGGAGCUUAAUGGUUGUCUUGAGGCUAGCCAGCGGUACAGGUUAACUAUUGAUUUCAGUGGAGCGGAGAAAUUCUCAGAAUCGAGGUCCCUCUAUCCUCGUCUACGCACAAUGUUGUUUGUUACAGAACCCAAAGUCUAUCGACUACCAACAUCUCUAUACAAGUUUUUCCAGUUCAAGCUUAUAAGAGUUCUGGUCUUAAGCCGACUAUUUGUGUUUGAUACAUUUCCAUGUGUGAUUCUACUACUUGUCCAGUUGAAAUACUUGGCUUUCACAUUUAAUUUCGAUUCAGAAAUAAUCAUCCCAUCGUCAAUUCUCAAUCUCUCAGAUUUGGAGACUUUGAUUGUUUAUAAUGGUAAGAGAGUUUUGUUGCCGGAUACUUUGUGGGGUAUGCAAAAAUUAAGGCAUUUGGAUGGAGCUUUUGAGUGGAUAUUGCCAUCAGAGAUUCCCGUAGCCAAUUUGGAGAAUUUGCAGACUUUCUCAAAAGUAACAUUCACCUGCAGCCAAACGAUGGUGGGAGUAGUGAAGAAGUUACCAAAUCUCCGGACACUAGGCUGUCGUCUCGAUCUGGGUGGAGGAGAGUGCACUGUGGAUUUCAGCACUUUCAAUCAACUCGAAUCACUCUACAUCAGUACUUCUCGUAGGCCGAAGUUUUUUCAAUUUCGAUUUCCCCAGAAUCUAAAGGAUCUACAUCUGUAUAAAACUUGCCUUCCAUGGAGUGAAGUUUCAGCUAUUGGAAGGCUACCAAAUCUUGAAGCUCUCCGAUUGGAUGGGAAUGCAUACGCGGGGGAAAAUUGGGACAUUGAAGAAGAAGGCACAUUCCCCAAACUCAGAGUGUUGGAAUUAUGGAGCAUGACCAGUUUGGAGAGAUGGACAACGGCUUCGGAUGACGACUUCCCAUCUAUUGAGACAUUGAUACUCAAACGCUGCUUAAUGUUAAAGGAAAUCCCUUCUUGUAUAGCCCAAAGUUCAACCCUUCAGAUGAUUGAGGUCAACCAUUGUCCACGUGUCUUUGAUUCGGUAAAGGAAAUUCAUGAAAUGCAGAUGGAUUAUGGAAAUGAAGAUCUACGGAUAUAUCUGGACGACCAACAACUAACAAAAGAGUAAGCCCCACACUAAAUAUUUUUUUACAAUUUUUUUUUUUAUUCAACUGAAGAACGGUGUUUCUUUCCCAAUGAAAUUAUCGUUUGCUAAACUAACCUUCCUUUUUCUUUUCUUCUUGUCUUCCUCAAUUAGUUUCCAUUUUCCAAAAAAAUAAAAUAACAAUUGUAUGGCGACAGUGGCUAAACAUAUGAUUGUAGGAGGCAGUAUUGAUAUUGUUGUUAAUUCAAAGUGAUUUUUUUUCUUUUUCUGUUUUCACAUCAUUAUUGUUUAUCAUAGUUCAUAGAGUAAUCAAUGCAAUUUUUUUCCGGUGCCGAUUUGAUACUCUUAAUAGGGUAGCGAAUAUGUUCGCUGCUACUUUUUCUUGUUCUAGCUGUUUUCUUUUUCUGUUUUCUUUUCUUUCUUUUUUUCUUCCUUUUCAUGUUUUGAUGUGCUUUUUCUGGUUGGACUGUGAAUGAAAAGCAGUAGUUUUAAUGUUUAAAGUUGAAAUCUUUUUACACGGGUUGUUUAAUACUGAUU